GAGCUAAAUUAUUACCAAUCAAACCGAUAGAUCUUUGUUGUGACCCUCAUAUCAAGGUUUCACAACUAUUCAUUCCUUCAUGACAACCAUUAUUUCAAUCGCUUUGCUUUCUUUCUUUUCUCAUUUCAUCGUUCUCACUACAGCCCAGCAAGACUUCAUAUACCAUUUGUGUUACAACGAUGUUGGUAACUACACAAGCACGAGUUCCUACGACACAAACCUUAAAACCCUUCUUUCUAAUCUCACUUCGGACCCAAAAGUUGAUUAUGGCUAUUACACUUCCUCUGAAGGCCAAAAUCCUAAUAGGGUCAACGCUCUUGGACUGUGCAGAGCAGAUGUUAAGCCAGAUUCUUGUCGUACUUGCCUCAACAAUGCCACAAUCCUUCUACGAAAGCUAUGUCCAAAUCAAAAGGAAGCAUAUGGAUACAACGAUGGGUGCAUUUUACGAUACGCUAAUCGCUCCAUGUUUGGGAUAAACCAAGACUCAGAUUUUUCAAUCUUCAUGUGCAACCCUAGUAAUGCAACAGACAACUACAAUGAAGUGCUUGAUGGUCUGAUGCGAAGGCUGAGAGGCAAAGCCACCGCCGGCGACAGUCGCAGGAAGUUUGCUGCCGGUACGGUGGCGGCUUUGUUUCAAACUGUAUAUGGUUUUGCUCAGUGCAUGCCUGAUUUGGCUGAGCAAGAUUGUGAUGACUGCUUGGAGAAGGCAAUCUCGAGCAUUCCCAGAUUGUGUAACAACAGGAUCGGUGGACGGAUAAUCAAACUGAGUUGCAACGUUAGAUAUGAGAAUUAUCGCUUCUAUGAUGAUGUGGUUCUUGAUUCAUUAUCUUCAUCUCCUCCGGCUGCUUCACCAUCCAACACAUCUUCCUCACAAGGGAAUGGCCACAGUACAUCAAGAACAGUCAUAAUCGUGGCUGUGUCUAUCGGAGCUUUUGUCGCAAUUCUUAUUUUGAUUUGCAUCUAUUUUGUGGUUCGGAGAUCGAAGAAACCAAUUGAAACUGAUCAACCUGAAGCAGAGCAUGAUGAAAUUAAACCAAUUGAGUCACUGCAAUUCAAUUUCAACACUAUAAAGCUCGCCACAGAUAACUUCUCUAUUGCAAAUAAGCUUGGACAAGGAGGGUUUGGAUCAGUAUAUAAGGGCAAGCUUCCAAAUGGGCAAGAUAUUGCUGUUAAAAGGUUGUCCAUGGAUUCUGGCCAAGGAGAUUCAGAAUUUAAAAAUGAAGUGCUUUUGGUGGCUAAACUCCAACAUCGCAAUUUAGUGAGAUUAUUGGGCUUCUCCUUAGAAAAGAAAGAAAGGCUAUUGGCAUAUGAGUUUCUUCCCAAUAGAAGUCUUGAUUACUUAUUGUUUGAUUCAAAUCAACGUGUUCAUUUGAAUUGGAUAAUACGCUACAAAAUCAUAGGAGGCAUUGCUCGUGGCCUUCUUUAUCUUCAUGAAGAUUCAAGGUUACGUAUUAUUCAUCGAGAUCUAAAAGCAAGUAAUAUUCUUUUAGAUGAAGAGUUAAAUCCCAAAAUAUCAGAUUUUGGUAUGGCAAGACUAUUUGUUGUUGACCAAACUCAAAGCAAUACCAGCAGAAUUGUUGGAACUUAUGGAUAUAUGGCACCAGAAUAUGCAAUGCAUGGACAAUUCUCUAUCAAAUCAGAUGUUUUCAGUUUUGGCAUAUUGGUUCUAGAGAUUGUAAGUGGCAAAAAGAACAACAGUGUCUUUGAUGAAGAGAACGCCCAUGAUCUAUUAAGCUAUGCAUGGAAAAAUUGGAGAGAAGGCAUGGCUUUCAAUUUAGCGGAUCCUAUGUUAAAAAAUUGUUCAAGAAAUGAAAUAAUGAGAUGCAUCCAUAUUGGGUUAUUAUGUGUGCAAGAAAAUGUGGCUGAUAGGCCAACCAUGGCUUCAGUUGUAGUUAUGCUGAAUAGCUACUCUUCCUCUCUUCCCUUUCCUUCAAAGCCUCCACUUUUAAUAAACACCAGAGGUUCAUCAGAGAUACAUUUAAGGGAGUACAGUUCAGAAGCAACAAGAUCAAGCGAAGGAGGAAGUAACUCUAUGCAACAAUCAGUAAAUGAAGCAUCAAUUACUGAACCAUAUCCACGUUAGAUUUUUGUCUUGUAGUUGAAAUUCAUAAGCACUAAAAUGGGGACCUAAUAUAUGUAUAUUUCUUGAGCAUUAUGUGGAUAUUUGGCCAGUUUUGGAUCAAGGUGUAACUUUGCAAAACUAUUGGGCACAAAAGUGAAAUUAUUGACAAUUCCCUUAGUUUUUUUUUUAAUAGCCGUGGUUUAAUUUUAAGUAGAUGACAUAAUUUCUUAAUUAGCCAUUGAUCUAUUUUGUGAAUAGAUAUAUUUCUUUCUAUUUUUUGUA